AUGGUAUUUCGAAGCCUGUUUCGACGACACUUUCUGCUUAAUAAAUGCAAAAGGUUACUAUCGGCUGGAGUUGACGAAGAAAUACUAGUAGAGAACGUAAACGGCAAGCUAAUCGUGACGAUAAAUCGACCAAGGAUUCUAAAUGCAUUGAAUAUAAAUAUGGUGCGCAAAUUAUAUUCGAUACUAAAGGGCACAGUGAUUCCUGGUGUCGGAAGAAGCUGUGAUGAAAUCGAUCCGACUUCCAACUUAACUCAUUGGCGCAUAUUUGUGGAAGGAACAAAUUUGUUGAUUCUUGUCAAAGUCUUAUCUACAGGUUCUGAUGAUGAAAGGCGUAUGCUUUUAUGGGAUUUGUUUUCUAUAUUCAAAACGGUCAUCACUGCCUCAACGCCUUUGGGACCUGCGACCCACGUGGAUCGUCUUAUGUACUCCAGAAAAUGCAACAGUGAUCGAAAUGUACCGUUUAUAUUUGUCAAAGGAGCAGGUGACAAUGCAUUUUGCGCUGGUGGCGAUAUUGUUGGUGACUCUGUGUUACGUUCUGCUCAAGCAAAUGAUCCAUCAAACACAAUACACAAAGAUUUCUUUCGCGAAGAAUACGUGAUGAAUCAUUUGAUUGGUGUUUUAAAUGUACCAUAUAUCGCCGUUAUGGAUGGUAUCACAAUGGGAGGAGGUUGUGGUCUUUCUCUUCAUGGAAAAUACAGAAUAGCAACAGAACGAACAAUAUUGGCAAUGCCUGAAACUGCUAUUGGUUUCUUCCCUGACGUUGGAGGUACAUUUUUCUUGUCACGAUUACCAUACAAUUUGGGUCAUUUUAUGGCACUUACAGGAUAUCGAGUGGUAGGCGCCGAUGUUUAUCAUAUGGGGCUUGCAACUCACUUCGUUCCGUCGGAAAAACUGAAGAAUCUUGAAGAUGAACUACUCAGGACAGAUAAUAAAUUGUUUUCUGUAGAAAAAAUAGACCAAAUUUUGAAUAAAUACCACAUGAAAGAAAGUGAGAUACCCAAGUUCGGCCUUGAAAAACGACUUGCGCAAAUUGAUCAUAUAUUUAGUGGUAGUACAAUAGAAUCAAUUUUCAAAAAAUUGCGAAACGGUGACGAUUUUGGCAAGAAACAGUUCAGUAUUCUUAGUAGGAAGAGUCCAACAUCAUUGAAAGUAACUUUUCGGCAGUUGCAAAUUGGUUUGAAGAUGCAGUUUCGCGAAGUCUUUACAAUGGAAUAUCGUCUCUCCCAACGUUUCAUAAAAAAUCAUGAUUUCCAUGAGGGUUGCAGAGCAAUUCUUAUCGAUAAGGAUCAGAAACCGGAGUGGAAACCUGCUAGUAUAGAAGAAGUCACAGAUGAAAUGAUAGAUGAAUACUUUGCACCUCUUCAGGAGGAUAAAGAACUGAUUAUUAAGGAAUUAGAAAUUUAA